AUGGGCAACCAGACAUCAGUGACAGAGUUCAUUCUUCUUGGGCUGACAAAUGACACUGAGCUUCAGGCUGUGCUUUUCCUUUUUCUACUGCUAACUUACAUCUUAAGCAUCAUGGGAAACAUGACCAUCAUCAUUCUGACCUUGCUGGAUCAUCGCCUCCAGACUCCUAUGUAUUUCUUCCUCCGGAAUUUUUCCUUUCUGGAAAUUUGUUUUACCUCUGUCUUUGUUCCCAAAAUGCUAGUCAAUAUUGGAACUGGAGACAGGACUAUCUCCUUUGCUGGUUGUUUCACUCAGUAUUUUUUUGCCAUCCUUCUGGGAGCAACCGAGUUUUAUCUCUUAGCUGCCAUGUCCUAUGAUCGCUAUGUUGCCAUUUGCAAACCCCUACAUUAUACAACUGUAAUGAGCAGGAGACUCUGCAUUCAGCUUGUCCUGUGUUCCUGGUUCUCUGGUUUUUUGGUUGUCAUUGGGCCACAUAUAAUGUCUCUCCAGCUGCCUUUCUGCGCAUCCAAUGUCAUC